AUGUCGCUCGCUGCGCUAUCGACGGCUCGCCACGAAGCAUUGAUUGAGUUUGCUGCGCUCGGACAGGCCGACCAUCUGCCCCUAGGCUGCUACGUCUGGCCUACGGAGACCUUCCGAUGGUCGGGAGUCCUCUUCAUCCACCAGGGCUAUUACCGCGGCGCCGUUCUCCAUCUUACCCUCGCCAUUCCCUCCUCCUACCCGUCCAAGGCGCCCUCCGUCACCUUCGAAUCUCCAGUCUUCCACCCGCUCAUUGAUCCCGUCUCCGGCAACAUGCGGCUGGACUGGCGCUUCCCGACCUGGCGGCCGCGCGAAGACUGCAUCUGGAACGUUCUGCAUGCGAUGAAGGCCGCUUUCAAGCGGAAGGCGCUGGAUCAGCUGCGGGAAGCGAUGUGUGCGAAUGUCGAGGCAUAUCAUACCUACCGCGAGCAGACGGCACUCUUUGCGCACCUUGCGUCGCAGACCGCCAACCUUUCCACCUCUUCGUCCACGCUCUACGCUUCUCCGCCUUCCCGCCUCGAAGACGCGCAACCAAGCCCAAUCCGUUUCCGCAGACUUGACGAGGAAGAGGAGAAAGGGCUGAAGGCGGAAGUACGCACACUCGGAGAAGCAAAGGGCGUCAAGCUGAAGCCGGCGGCGGAUCUCUCCGCGUAG